CUCAUUAAGGGACUGUUUUUUGAUUUUCUCUUAUAUCGUGUUCUUGCUCAAAGGCAGAAGAAAUCACGAGAUUUGCACACGAGAUUCUUCAAGCCCUACGUUAUCAACGAACCGAGUGAAGGAGCCCGGUGAAAUGAGCAAGUAUGGCUUGAACCUUAGGGCGAAGCCGAAGAAGCAGCUUCCAAGGCCUUCCCUUGCCACCCCUUUUGGCUUUAAUGAUGAUGAUGAGAAUGAUGUUGAGAGAGAAAUUGUUCUUCAGGCUAGCAAGAAUAAAACACUCAAGGAAGUUGAGGAGCAGCAGAAGAAAGCCUUGGAGGAAGAUCCAUCCAUAUUUGAUUAUGAUGGAGUCUAUGACAAAAUGAAAGAGAAAGUUGCUCUUCCAUUGGCACAAGAUCGCGAAGAGAGAAAGCCAAAAUAUAUCCAAAAUCUGAUUAAGAAAGCAAAAGAGCGAGAGCAGUAUCGCGAGAUUGUUUAUGAGAAAAAGAUUGCCAAAGAGAGAAGCAAAGAUGACCAUCUGUUUGCUGACAAAGACAAAUUUAUUACAGAAGCAUAUAGAAAGAAGCUUGCUGAACGAGAGAGACAAAUGGAGUUAGAACGGCUGCGUGAACUACAAGAGGAAAGAGACGAUGUUACAAAGAAGAAGGACUUCUUGCUUGAUUUUUAUGCGAACCUUGAUAAAAAUGUUGCCUAUGGUGCAAAAGAUGCUCGAGCCCGGAAAGCUGAAAAUCGGGCUGAGCAUAGAGUUCCAGAGACACACGAGGGAGUGAGCCCCGAUGCAUCAAUUCGGCAUCAGCAUACUAGUACAUCAGAUGAAGUGCAACAUUCAUUGGGCAACUCUAGUUCACCGGUGGAGUCUUCAAGAGAAAAUAUUGGGAAUCAGGGUGAAGGUUCUAAUCCUUCCAAUAAAAGUUUCAAUCCCUUGGAUACAGAGCCAAAUCCUGAGGCUUCCAUUGAAGAAAAGAGUUCAGCUGAACAGCCAUCAGCCUCUCAACCAAAGCCCGAUCAUCACAAAAGAAAUCAAGAUGCUCUGGCUGCAGCAAAAGAGCGCUUUCUGGCACGUAAGAAAGCGAAGGAACAAUGAAAAUUUUCCUGCUUUUCUUCAGAUGUCUCUUUUGGUCUCUAGUUUUUCGGGUUUGAUUAAAUAUCCAUCAUGUUUUGUAACCUUAAAUGCUAAAGAGCUUUAUCUGUAAAAAUAUUCAUAGAAUGAACUGAUACACGGUGUUAAUGAUAUUUAACUAAUUCAUUUUUACGGU